AUUUUCAACGCUAUUCUGUUGUGUAAGGGCCGGGCAUGAUCUCGAGAUAGGAACACACCAGCAUCAUAUUUUGCUCCAGAAGUGCUGCGGUCGCUCCUUGGACCCGUUUCUGCUAUGGUUAAGUGAAAUCUAGCCCAUUACAGAUUUGGAUCACCAAGUUCGCAUGAUAGGAUGAAAUGCUUUGGUAGUGCUUACCUCGUUAACCGCCGAAUUGGAGGCAGUUGAAUUGUCUGACCUUAAACACACGAAGACAGCUAGCGAGUAUGGGCAACGGAUUUUCCUGUUUUGAAAAAGAGCAUUGGAAAGAUGGAAACGGGAUUGACAGGCCUUACCAACAGACAAGGGAGGAUGUGUACCAAGACAUGACGCUCCCACUGUCGCACUACUUCAUUUCUUCUGGGCAUAACUCAUACCUGGCUGGGGGUCAGCUUUAUGGAACAGCGGGCACUUCGACAAUUACCAGGUGCCUCGAUCAAGGAUGCCGUGUUGUCGAGCUGGAUGUGUACAAUGGGCCCGUUUGCACACAUGGCGGCACGCUUGUGCAGAGUGUGGCCUUCGAGGAGUGCAUCAUCGCCAUCAAGGAGUAUGCCUUCAGGGCCUCGCCCUUCCCCGUCAUCAUAACCAUGGAGAUACACGCGGACGCGGAGAGCCAGGCGCGCAUGGCCAUGAUCCUGAUACAGCAGCUGGCGGACAUGCUGCACAUACCGCCGCGCAGGCAGGCAGGCGAGCCGCCGCCGCCGCACUUCGAGUCGCCGGAGGCCCUGCGUGGGAAGAUCCUGUGCCGGGCGUCGGUCGCCAAGCUGGUGAAUGAGGACCUCAAGGGGCUCAUCUACGUGGCCAACGCCAAGAUGACGUCGUUCAAAAAGAUGAUUGACAACGCCGGGGCGGUGUCGUCCUCGUUCGAGGAGACGGCGCUGCCCAAGGUCGAGGAGCUGGACGCUGAGGACGCCCGGAAGGACGCCCGCCAGCCCCGCACCUCCACCUCCACCCCCGCCACCACCACCACCCCCCGACAGCAACGCCAGUCCUGGGCGGCCACCGGGGGCCGCAGCGACGCGGCCCCCGAGGACGCGCCCGCCCCCGACGCCGACAUGGUUGCCGGCUCCAUCCGCGAGCUGUACACCUACACCUCCCGCCACCUGAUGCGGGUGUACCCCGCGGGCUGGCGGGUGCUGUCGGGCAACUACAGCCCCAUGCGCGCCUGGGUGCGGGGCGCCAGUCUGGCGGCGCUGAACUGGCAGGUGUGGGACGAGGCGCUGUGGUGCAACCAGGGCAAGUUCAUGGACAACGGGCAGUGCGGCUACGUGCUGAAGCCCGAGUGGAUGCGGCAGCCGGGUCCGCAGCUGCCGGGGGGGCCGGGGGGUCGGGGCCGGGAGCGGCGGCUGGUGGUGUGUGUGCACAGCGCCUACAAGUACCAGGGGCGCAACUGGUUCGUAUUCAAGGAUGACCUGUUCGUCAGGCUCACGCUGUGGGGCAUGCCGGUUGACCGCUGCUGCCAGCACACCCGCACGGUGUGCAACAGCGGGCGGCUGGUGGUGCAGGAGAGCUUCGAGUUUCCGGUGCGCUUCCCGGAGAUGGCGGUGCUGUGCGUGGAGCUGAUGGACGAGAACGUGGGCGGCCCGAUGGCCAAGCACGCGGACGCCGACAGCCUGGGCUACUUCUCGCUGCCGCUGUCCACCCUGGCGGAGGGCGACUUCAAGCUUCAGCUGAGGCACCCGCGCAGGGGCGAGCGGCUGGACCCCACUCGCACCUGGGUCAAGGUGGGCUUCACGUGGCGGGACUCCUCGCCGUAUGGAGGGGAGGGCAAGUGAGGAGUGGGAGGGGAGGGAGGUGAGGGCGGGGCAGCGGCAGGGGGCAGGACAGCAGCAGCAGGUGCAGCAGCAGGUGCAGCAGCAGUCAAGCAACCGAAGCAAGGGACUGUCGCCGACAGCUAGGCCCGGGUCAGGGACUGGGAUAGCUGUCGGGCGUGAGGGGUGUCCGGAUACCGGACCGGUGGUAGGGGAAGCUGUAGAGGUUGGAAGAGUGGAUGGCGGUUAUGAUAGUUGGCAGCUGCGGUGGUUGUGGUUUGUUGGUUUGUAGUUAGCCACGUGGGGGUGCUUGCAGCGAAACGCAAGGUGACAAGCCGGAGUGUGUUAAGGAAGCUGGCCGCGAGUAGGAACGUACUGGGAUGUCGGAAGAUGAAGUGUGUGUGUGCCGGAGUGUGUAUGACCAUGUGUGAAGAAAGGGUGGGCGUGUGCGUGGUGCGGAGGCACCCUGGAGCAGGCCUGGCAUGGAGCGAGAAUGGAUGCCCGCCGACUGUCGGCUUGUCGCUGUUCAAGAGCCCAGAGUUGAGUGCAGCGAGAGUGUGCAGCACACGUAGGGUGCAGCACACACACAGGUUCAGCGUGAGUGGAGCCACACAGCCCGGAGAGGCUCGUACAACCUAGAAGAGAGGAGAGGAGGGGACGGGUACAACCCUCGAAUUAUGUUCGCCUGUUUUCCUAGCCGUUUUCCUUUUGGAGUUUAUUUUUAACUCGGCGCAUCCUAAUGCGUAACCGUGCUUUAGUAAGGGAGAUGAAAUGAGGAUUGCAGUGGCGCACCGACACUGCAGGUGUCCUAGCAGAGGUGCGUUAGGUGUUUGAGGGAGCGGACGAGGGGUACAUAGGAUGGACAUGUUGUCAGACAUGUGUUUGUGCUUCUCAUGUUCAUGUUGGCAGAAGAAGAAGACGGAGAUGCGUAUGCUGUGCGUUAUUAGGUGAGCCAUUUCUGCCGGGACUCGAAUGUUAAGUGCACGUUACGUGCAUGCCACUCGGUCCUGCACCCAUAGUAGAGAGUGCGCAGUUGGGCCCCAACCGCCCACACCGACGUCUAUGGGCACCUUUUUUCGUUUGCUUUCAUUCGGGCCGUCCCUGCGUACCGGCAAGCAGGAUGACGAGCCUUGGCUUCUCUUGCGUGAAAUAUGUGCAGCACAUGAUUCACGUGGGUCACAUGGAGCAUGACCAGCGUGGGGCCCUGCUGGCGUACAGGAAUUGGAUUCCGCCGGUUGUACGGCAACUCGUGCGCCACCCUGGCAUGCAUGCUGUGCGACCUGUACUGCUGUAUAGGGACUGUGGAGUUUGGAGUGUGCUGUUCUUCCUGGAAGAAUUGUUUUUCCUUUUAACGCUGCAGCGUCUUGGGCAUAGGGUAUGCCUUGCCUCUUGCGUGCAUGCGGAGACAAUGACGUGGCGUCUCUUGCGACCUGCAUCCUUGCAGGCAGUGGUGUGCUGCUGCCUUCUAGUCAGAAGCUUGUGCCAUAGGUUCAUUGCGUCCGCAGACACCAACAGCGUGCAUGUGGUUGAGAGAGCAGACCAUGACAUGCGCGCUCGUGCAUUAUGGUUUCUUAUGGUUUUCUAUGCACGGUUACCGACGGCUUCACUGGGUUGUGCAAACAGGUGUAAACCCCAGCAGAG